AUGAACGCGCAGCAGCUCGAGCUACCCGUGACGGACGACGCUGACUACCGGUAUAUCCUCUCCAACUGGUCGAACGCCUACAUGGACGAUCUUGUACGCCACGCGAAUGACGCAGACGUGGCCAAGUACUUGGCCAACCGGUUUCCGCACCCCUACACCAGCGAUGACGCAAUGAGCUUUCUCGCGUAUGCCUCCAGCACGACAACGGAGCGCCUGUUUGCGAUUGUUCGCCAGCACAAGGUGACAGGCGCGCGUGAAGCCAUUGGCGGCAUUGGCAUGAACGUCAAAAGCGACGUUCAAGCGCACUCGGGUGAGGUCGGGUACUGGCUCGGAAAAAGCUUUUGGGGUUGCGGCCUCAUGACGCACGUCGUCGCGACGUUCUUGGACGGGUUUGUGGAGCCGUACCGUGGAACGCACGCCCCCGUGCCACUCUCGCGCCUCUUUGCGGUCGUCUACGCACCCAACACGGGCUCGGUUCGCGUCCUCGAGAAGAACGGGUUUGAGGUCGAGGGUCGCUUGCGCCGACAUGAGUGA